CCCUGCCGACUUGUGUCCUCUGGGGAGACCCCCGCAGCCUCCACUGGCCACAGCUCCGCCAGCCCUUCCGGGAGGGAAGCCAGCCUCAGCGCCGCCAAAGGUCUCCUGGGUGUCCUGCCUGCUCCCGGACCCUCUCCCCACGCCAGCCUCCCAUGCCGAGGUCUGCCUUGUCAGUCAUUUCCUUUUGUCACCGGCUUGGCAAACAGGAGAGAAAACAGAGCUUCAUGGGCAACAGCAGCAACAGUUGGUCCCACGCACCAUUCCCCAAGUUGGACCUGGGGCUGGGGUCCCGACCUGUGGCGCCCCGGGAGCCGCCCGCCUGCUCCAUCUGCCUGGAGAGGCCGCGCGAGCCCAUCUCUCUGGACUGUGGCCACGACUUCUGCCCGCGGUGCUUCAGCACCCACCGUGUCCCCGGCUGCGGGCCGCCCUGCUGCCCCGAAUGCCGCAAGACCUGCAAGCAGAAGGGCCUCCGGGGCCUGGGGGAGAGGAUGAGGCUCCUGCCACGGAGGCCGCUGCCCACCGCGCUGCAGGAGACCUGCGCGGUGAGGGCCCAGCCGCUGCUGCUGGUGCGUGUCAACGCCUCCGGUGGCCUCAUCCUGAGGAUGGGGGCCGUCAACCGCUGCCUGAAGCACCCGCUGGCCAGGGACACCCCCGUCUGCCUCCUUGCCGUCCUGGGAGAGCGGCACUCAGGGAAGACCUUCCUCCUAAACCACCUGCUUCAGGGCCUGCCCGGCCUGGAGCCCGGCGAGGGCGGCUGGCCGAGGGAAGGGUGCUCCGGGCAGGGCUUCCGGUGGGGAGCCAACAGCCUCACCAGGGGCCUCUGGAUGUGGAGUCAUCCCUUCCUGCUGGGGAAGGAGGGGAGGAAGGUGGCCGUGUUCCUGGUGGACACGGGGGACGCCAUGAGCCCUGAACUGAGCAGGGAAACGAGGACCCGGCUCUGCGCCCUCACCUCCAUGCUGAGCUCCUACCAGAUCCUCACGGCCUUCCAGGAGCUGAAGGAUACAGACCUGGAGUAUCUGGAGAUGUUUGUCCACGUGGCCGAGGUGAUGGGCAGGCAUUAUGGGAUGGUGCCAAUCCAGCACCUGGACCUCUUAGUUCGUGACUCAUCCCACCCCAGCAAGGCGGGGCAGGGGCAUGUAGGCGACAUCAUCAAGAAGUCGUCCGGCAAAUACCCCAAGGUUCAGGGGCUGCUUCAAGGAAGGCGAGCCCGCUGCUGCCUCCUGCCGGCUCCCAGGAGGCGGUGGGCGAGCAAAGGCCACGGAAGCCCGGGAGACACAGAUGAUGAUGCUGGCCACCUCCGCGCCUACGUGGCCGAUGUGCUGAGCGCGGCCCCCCUGCAUGCCAAGAGCCGCUGCCAGGGCUACUGGAGCGAGGGGCGCCCCGCGGCCCGGGGGGACAGACGCCUGCUCACGGGGCAGCAGCUGGCUCAGGAAAUCAAGAACCUCUCGGGCUGGAUGGGCAGGACGGGGCCUGGGUGCGCCUCUCCGGAUGAGAUGGCUGCCCAGCUGCACGACCUUCGGACGGUGGAGGCUGCCAAGAAGGAGUUUGAGGAGUACUUGCGGCAGCAGGACGUGGCCACCAAGCGCAUAUUCUCUGCGCUCCGGGUGCUGCCAGACACCAUGCGGAACCUCCUGUCGACCCAGAAGGACGCGCUCCUGGCUCGGCACGGGGCGGCCUUGCUAUGCACGGGGAGGGAGCAGACCUUAGAGGCCCUGGAGGCCGAGCUGCAGGCCGAGGCCAAGGCCUUCAUGGACUCCUACACCGUGCGUUUCUGCGGCCACCUGGCCGCUGUGGGCGGCGCCGUGGGCGCGGGGCUCAUGGGCCUGGCGGGGGGCGUGGUGGGUGCCGGCAUGGCCGCCGCGGCGCUGGCCGCGGAAGCUGGGAUGGUGGCCGCGGGAGCUGCAGUGGGGGCCACGGGGGCAGCCGUGGUCGGGGGAGGCGUGGGUGCCGGGUUGGCGGCCACGGUGGGCUGCAUGGAGAGGGAGGAGGACGAGAGAGUGCAGGAGGGGGACCGGGCGCCCCUGCUGCAGGAGGAGUGACCGCCCGCCAGAUGCUCCAGGGAAGGAGAGCUGCCGGGGGGAGGGGAGGGAUGGGGGCCGCUGUUCCAAGGGCCCCUGUGUGCCACACCACCCUGGUUGAACGCCCCAUCUGGGUGGUGACUGGUGACCGAGAAUCGAGGAGACCUCAGGGCCGGCGGCAGAGUGUGAGCCUGGACAGAGUCUGGGGCUGUUUCCGUUGCAGACGACUGCUAACCUGUCUCUCUUCCCAGAUAGACUGGACCCCAGGGUCUCCCGCCAAGAUCGUGGCCCACCCUCCCCGCCCUGGCUUAUUUCCCGAGAUGGUGGGGGGCUAAGCGGGCGCCAUUCUGGAAGUCUCCCCUUCAGAGGCGGGAGCAGCCCCAGGAUGGGUGACCUAGGUGUUCAAGAUUGGGAGCCCUGAUAAGAGGCUGGGGAAGGAGCAGGAGGGGCCCCCGGGCAAAGCCAAAGAGUCCGGGUGGUGCACGGUGGCCUGCCCCCCUGAGUGGAGACUCUUUCCAAAGCUACCCCAGCAGGACGGGGGCCACCCCCUUCUCCCGCAGCCCCGGGGAGCCCACAUGUGCACCGGGAAUGGGGUUCCCUUACGUGUCCCUCGUGGUCGUGCCCUUUGUCCAGCCUGGUCAGUGCCCAUGUUCUUUGUGGAAUGCCAUCCCAGCAACGGGUCAAAAGCCAAAGAAAACACCUGUAGUUGCAUUCUGAGCUCCAUCGACAGCCCUCAUAGCAGAUUCUAUGAAAGUCCUGGGGGGACACAUCCAUGGAACAUGCCCGCCCCCCUCAGCCUAGGGGAGACACCUCCGUCCAUGUUAGCAGGAGACCUGGAUGCAGCCCCCAGGAGGACAGCAAAGCCCCACAAGGAGGGCUUCUAGGCUAUUCAACUGCAAAGGAUUAAUGGGCGCGUCAUACGCAAAAUAAAAUGUGUGUGCU